AGAAGGAAAACAAUCAAAAGCAUUAGUAUUCCCGUGAAAAGGGCCAGUCACACAGGGGACAACUGCAAGCCCUUCGUAACCACUCCAGGGUGCUGCCAGGGCCUGAGAAGGGACAAACUCCAAUUGCUCCAGUUCAAACUGGUCCUGGCAUGGUCAGAAGCAGGAGACAGAGCAGUGAUUCACAGCAGAACGUGGUGCUUGCAGACUGACCGUGCUCUCAGGACUCAUUAGGGUCUCUUCUCUGACGAGAUGAUACCUGGAAUUGGGACGCUCACCCAGGACACACUAUGGUGCUUCAGUCAAGUGAAAGGCACUAUCGAGAUUGGAACCACAGAAGAUGUGCCUUGCUUCCCCUUCGCCUUCUGCCAUGAUUGUAAGUUUCCUGAGGCCUGCCCAGACAUGCAAAACUCAAAUGUUCUCCCAUCUGGACUUCUUCCAUCUGGCCAGAACAAGCUCGGACCAUGGUGCAGUCCCACUGGCUCCCCUGCCCCCCUCUCCUGUGAGACUGGCUGCGGGGAGGGAUCAUGGAUACUUGUCUGCCGGCUUCUGGUUCCCACGCAAGUAAGCCUGCUGUCAAUGGAGGAGGACAUUGAUACCCGCAAAAUCAACAACAGUUUCCUGCGUGACCACAGCUAUGCGACCGAAGCUGACAUUAUCUCUACGGUAGAAUUCAACCACACAGGAGAAUUACUAGCGACAGGGGACAAGGGGGGUCGGGUUGUAAUAUUUCAACGAGAGCAGGAGAGUAAAAAUCAGAUUCAUCGUAGGGGUGAAUACAAUGUUUACAGCACAUUCCAGAGCCAUGAACCCGAGUUCGAUUACCUGAAGAGUUUAGAAAUAGAAGAAAAAAUCAAUAAAAUAAGAUGGCUCCCCCAGCAGAAUGCAGCUUACUUUCUUCUGUCUACUAAUGAUAAAACUGUGAAGCUGUGGAAAGUCAGCGAGCGUGAUAAGAGGCCAGAAGGCUACAAUCUGAAAGAUGAGGAGGGCCGGCUCCGGGAUCCUGCCACCAUCACAACCCUGCGGGUGCCGGUCUUGAGACCCAUGGACCUGAUGGUGGAGGCCACCCCACGAAGAGUAUUUGCCAAUGCACACACAUAUCACAUCAACUCCAUAUCUGUCAACAGCGACUAUGAAACCUACAUGUCUGCUGAUGACCUGAGGAUUAACCUAUGGAACUUUGAAAUAACCAAUCAAAGUUUUAAUAUCGUGGACAUUAAGCCGGCCAACAUGGAGGAGCUCACGGAGGUGAUCACAGCAGCAGAGUUCCACCCCCAUCAUUGCAACACCUUCGUGUACAGCAGCAGCAAAGGGACAAUCCGGCUGUGUGACAUGCGGGCAUCUGCCCUGUGUGACAGGCACACCAAAUUUUUUGAAGAGCCUGAAGAUCCAAGCAACAGAUCAUUUUUCUCUGAAAUUAUAUCGUCGAUUUCGGAUGUGAAGUUCAGCCACAGUGGAAGGUAUAUCAUGACCAGGGACUAUCUGACCGUUAAAGUCUGGGAUCUCAACAUGGAAAACCGCCCCAUCGAGACUUACCAGGUUCAUGACUACCUCCGCAGCAAGUUGUGUUCCCUCUAUGAAAAUGACUGCAUUUUUGAUAAAUUUGAGUGUGUGUGGAAUGGGUCAGACAGUGUCAUCAUGACGGGCUCCUACAACAACUUCUUCAGGAUGUUCGACAGAAACACCAAGCGUGAUGUGACCCUUGAGGCUUCAAGGGAAAACAGCAAGCCCCGGGCUAUCCUCAAACCCCGAAAAGUGUGCGUUGGGGGCAAGCGGAGAAAAGACGAGAUCAGUGUCGACAGCCUGGACUUUAGCAAAAAGAUCUUGCAUACAGCUUGGCAUCCUUCAGAAAAUAUUAUAGCAGUGGCGGCUACAAAUAACCUAUAUAUAUUCCAGGACAAGGUUAACUAGGUGGACAAGUAAUAACUUAAUAAUCUCACAUACUGAAUACUAGUCAAACAAGUUUUUAAAUGUUUCUUUGGGUCUUCAUUUGACGCAUUGACUUUAAUUUCCCUAUGCAGGAAAUGAUUGGAAUAGAAUUCAAAGGAGUCCAACUUUCCCAGCUCCCCGGUUCUAAGAAACUUUUGUCAAAUCCAAUAGGUUUGGGACACUUCUGUUUAGAAUUGAAAGCUGCCAGCUAACAGUAAUUCUUCCAUAGUUGACUUGAACUUCUGAUGCUUUUAUUGCCCCAUUUUCUCUGGUGGGUCCAGUGUUUUGUUUCUAGGUGUCUGCUGCGAUAAAAUGAGGUUGUCUGUAGUAUUUAAGGAGAAAAGAGAUAAGUUUUUUUUUAAUUAAGCAAUUCCAUUCGAUUGAAAAAAAUCAACAAAAAAUAAACACCGUUUACUCUUA